CCGUGCGGCUGCUGCCUGAGCUGCCGUCGCUUGCGCGUCUCCCUCUAGGGCUUGUCUGCUCAGCACUGCCCUCCGGCCUGGGCUGGGCGACUCAGAAGGUCCCCGAGCGUCUGCUCGUUUCGCCCGCCUCGGCCUCGGCCUCGGCCAGGCUCCGCUCGUCCCGCGCGCGAGGGGCCUCGGCGGUUGUGGCGGCGGCGCCCGGCAUGUAUCAGAGCCCGCGGCGGCUCUGCUCCGCCCUGCUGCAGAGGGACGCGUCCGGCCUGCGCCGCCUGCCCACCCCCGGGCUGCGCCGCCACUCGCCUCCGCCGGCGGCCGCCCCCCGGCCCGCGUCCCCCCGGCUCCUGGCGGCGGCCUCAGCGGCCUCGGGCGCCGCGAGGUCGUGUUCCCGAACAGUGUGCUCCAUGGGACACGGCACCAGCAGGCUCUAUAGUGCUCUCGCCAAGACCCUGAACAGCAGCGCCGCCUCCCAGCACCCAGAGUAUUUGGUGUCACCUGAUCCAGAACAUCUGGAGCCCAUCGAUCCUAAAGAACUCCUUGAGGAAUGCAGGGCUGUCCUGCACACUCGACCUCCCCGGUUCCAGAGGGAUUUUGUGGAUCUGAGGACAGAUCGCCCCAGCAGCCACCCGCCUAUCAGGGUCAUGCAGUGGAACAUCCUUGCCCAGGCUCUUGGAGAAGGAAAAGACAACUUUGUCCAAUGCCCCGUGGAAGCGCUCAAGUGGGAAGAAAGGAAGUGUCUCAUCCUAGAAGAAAUCCUCGCCUACCAGCCUGACAUACUGUGCCUCCAAGAGGUGGACCACUAUUUCGACACCUUCCAGCCGCUCCUCAGUAGACUGGGCUAUCAAGGCACGUUUUUCCCCAAGCCCUGGUCACCUUGUCUAGAUGUAGAACACAACAACGGACCAGAUGGCUGCGCCCUGUUUUUUCUCCAGAACCGAUUCAAGCUAGUCAAUAGUGCCAAUAUCAGGCUGACGGCCAUGACACUGAAGACCAAUCAGGUGGCCAUUGCACAGACUCUAGAGUGCAAGGAGUCCAGUCGACUGUUCUGUAUCGCCGUCACCCACUUGAAAGCACGCACUGGCUGGGAACGAUUUCGCUCAGCUCAAGGCUGCGACCUUCUCCAGAACCUCCAGAACAUCACUCAAGGAGCCAAGAUCCCCCUUAUUGUUUGUGGGGACUUCAACGCAGAGCCAACAGAGGAGGUCUACAAACACUUUGCUUCCUCCAGCCUCAACCUGAACAGUGCCUACAAGCUGCUGAGCGCUGACGGGCAGUCGGAGCCUCCGUACACGACCUGGAAGAUCCGGACCUCGGGGGAGUGCCGGCAUACGCUGGAUUAUAUCUGGUAUUCUAAACACGCUCUGAGUGUGAGGUCAGCCCUCGAUCUGCUCACUGAAGAACAGAUUGGACCCAACCGGCUACCAUCUUUUAAUUACCCUUCAGACCACCUGUCGCUAGUGUGUGACUUCAGCUUUAAUGAGGAACCCGAUGGACUUUUAUAAAUGCUUAUCUGUAUUUUUCAUCACAAGAGUCUUAACCAGGGACAUUUCAGGAAACUGAAAAUAGUUUAACAAGUUGCCUGAGGAAGGAUUCCCAAUUUCUUUUACAUCAUUUUCAUGUUUCCAGCAUGCCCUUGGGAACCUAGGAAUCCCAUUAGUCCACAAACCUUGUCCAUUAAAACCUACAGCAAAAAAAGGGUGUUUGCACUCCAGUUUUGGCUUGUAUUGUUUUCUUUCCCUUAGCGUUACAUUUUGGUCAUUUAAGGGCAUUUAAAUUAGACUUGUUUUGUAGCUUUUUCAGUUUAAGGAUGCUAUAUGAAAAUAGACUUGCUUGAGGCCUCCAUAAUUAAUACUAAGUAUACAGGAGCAAUUUCUCUAGAUAGCGUUUCAAGUUAUUUAUUUGUGGGUUUUUAAAAUGUCAACAAGAUAUGCAUGGCAAUAUUUAUUUUUUUAUAUCUUCACGUAAGAUUUAAGUAAAACUAUGAACAUUUUAAACCCAUGCAAAACCUAAGUUAUAGAGUAAUUUAUAGUGAUUUUCUUAAAUCUCUAAGAUAUUUUUACUUCAGGUCUAACAGUAGUAGUGUACAUAGGGACUGUGUAGCCUGAAGGCAUUUUUUUUUUUUUUUUGUUAUGUAAGUGGAAAUAUCCGGUUUCCUUGAUGCAUUCUGCAUCAGUAAUCCUUGCUCUGCCUCCAUGUCCCCAUUAUUGUGUUUCUUAAAGAGAUUCCAUGGCCGGUCAGUCUUCAUUCUUUAAUCACUGUUACGCAUUUAUAGUUUUCCGUUGGAAUGCUAUGGUAUAUACAUUUGAAGUCACCCAGGGUCUAUUUGUAUUGGACUGUGCUUUUCACUAUAGGUUAUUUAUGUGGCAGCAGCCAAGAAAGUAAGUGAGACCUGCUCUUCAGAGGUGGGAAACUAGAAAGCCUAUUAAUGAAGCUGUCAUUGAAAUGUCCUAAGAUAGCCAGGUGACUAGUUCAAAAUGUCUAGGAAGAAGAAUAUAAAAAGCUAGAAAGAUAACCUGGAAUUCUCUUCCAUAGGAAAUAAAAGUGGCAAAGAUAACUGGUGAAGCCCCCUCCAAACAAAAUUCCAACAAAUAACCUAUUGGUAAUAAACUGGUAACUAUUUUAACCCAUGAGUUGUAAAUAUUUAAGAAUAAUAAAUGGUCUUUUAAAGCUA